AUGGAUUCAGGUUCUGAGGAUUCUGAAGAUGAUAUACAAACCUUAGUGGCGGCAGCAGAUGCUCGGGGGAAGCUGGAUCCCAGCGGUGCACUCAAUUCUGACGAUGAUGCAGAAAGCUGCCCCAUUUGCCUCAAUGCAUUCAGAGACCAGGCUCUGGGCACCCCAGAGACCUGCACCCAUUACUUCUGCCUAGACUGUAUUGUCGAAUGGUCCAGGAAUGCCAACUCCUGUCCAGUUGAUCGAACCAUAUUUAAAUGUAUUUGUAUUCGAGCUGAGUUUGGUGGUAAAAUCUUAAAGAAGAUUCCAGUGGAGAACACCAGAGCCCAGGAGGAGGAAGAGGAAGACCCAACCUUUUGUGAGGUGUGUGGCAGGUGUGACCGUGAGGACCGGCUCCUGCUCUGUGAUGGCUGUGAUGCUGGGUACCACAUGGAGUGUUUGGAUCCUCCCCUUCAAGAAGUGCCUGUGGAUGAGUGGUUCUGUCCAGAGUGUGCUGCCCCUGGUGGUGUCCCUGCCAGUGAUAUAGUUCCUGUAAGCGAAGAAGAGGUCUCCCAGCUGCUGGCCGACGUGGUGCCCACCACUGGCAGAUUGCGGCCUCAUACAGGCAGGACCCGAGCCAUUGCCAGGACGCGGCAGAGCGAGAGAGUGAGGGCCACUGUGAACCGGAACCGGAUCUCCACUGCCAGUAGGGUGCAGCACGUGCCCAGGUACCUCAUGUCUUCUCUGCUGGAUGAGACGAUUGAGGCCGUCGCAACUGGUCUGAGCACUGCUGUGUACCAGCGCCCUCUGACGCCACGCACUCCUGUUAAACGGAAAAGGAAAACCGGGAGACGGAAGAAGGUACUGGGAAGAAAGAAAACCCAGUCUAGAUCAUCAGUGAAAAGUAAGAAUGGUCGUGCAAGAGCUAAGAAACGCCAAUACCAUGUGAAAAAGAGAAAGGGGAAAAAGACAAAGAAUGACGUCACAGCUCGCGCUCGUAUAGCGCGGACGCUGGGCCUCCGCAGGCCUGUGCACGGCACCUGCGUGCCAUCAGUGUACAAGCCAGUAGACCCCUCGCUGGGGCUAAUGCGAGCAGAUACCGGAGCAGCUUCCCUGUCCCUGUUUGGAGACCCCUACGAGCUGGACCCCUUUGACAGCAGCGAAGAGCUCUCCACCGAGCCCCCUUCCCCUCUGAGUGCCAAGAGGAGGGCGCUGUCCCGCUCGGCCCUGCAGUCUCACCAGCCUGUGGCUAGACCUGUCUCUAUGGGACUUCCCAGGAGACAGGUCCCUGCCAUGGCCCCAGAGCCUGGUGUGGAGGAAGCCCCGGUCCCUGACCUUCUGGGGAGCAUCCUGUCUGGCCAGAGCCUUCUGAUGAUGAGCAGCGCUGACGUCAUCAUCCACCGGGACGGCUCUCUCAGUGCCAAGAGGGCAGCUCCCGUGUCCCUCCAGCGCACCAUUGCAGCUCCAUCUAGAAGGGAGGACGCGGCGGGAGCCAGGGAUGCUGACGCUGUGCAGCCUGGCACGCCACCGUCAGGGAGCGCAGCCAGCGGACUCAACGCCAGUGGCCAGCCACAGAGCUCUGGCCUAAGCUGCUGGGGCAGGUCGGCCCUGCACCGCAGCCCUGCCCACACAGUGGGGGCACCUGUGAGGCCGGGCUCAUCUGCGAUCCCUGGGCCAGGCCACGCCCAGAAGCCAUCAAACCAGAGUGGCCCUAGACCGAGUGGCCCUAGACAGAGUGGACCUAGACAGAGUGGACCUAGACAGAGUGGCAAACUCGGGCUUAAUGGCGCCAGUGCACAGGUCUUGCCUCUUGUUUCUGCCUCGUCUAAUAUCUCUACCGGCCAUUCGAACCCUCCAUCUAGAAGCACAACCCUUGGACAUACCCCAAAAGUAGUUCCCAGGAGAGCCAGUAUCUCAGAGCUGCCUAGGAUACCAAAGAUCCAAAGGGACAGCAGUGGCAGCAGACGGGGCCCGGCCCGAGGUCAGAGCGUCGAGAUCCCCAGCAUGUGCAUCAGCCGCCUGACGGGUAGAGAGGGCCCAGGGCAGCCAGGGCGGGACAGGGCCGAGAGCAAGCCAAGCAGCAGGGCCCCCCAGGAGCCCAGCUCACAAAUGGGCAGCUCCCGUUCCCACGGAAGCUUGGCCCCACUGGGGGCUUCAAGAGGGAAGGGUGUUGGGUCGACCUUCGAGAGCUUCCGGAUCAAUAUCCCAGGAAACACUGCGCACUGUAACCAGGUGUCUAGCCCUGGCUUCUGUAAUACAUUCCGGCCUGUGGACAGCAAGGUGCAGAAGAAGGAGAAUCCUUCCCCUCUCUUCUCCAUCAAAAAGACAAAGCAGCUCAAGAGUGAGAUAUACGACCCCUUUGACCCCACUGGCUCUGACUCAAGCCCUCGAAGCAGCAGCCCUGAGAGCCUUGGCCCCAGCCUCCUGCCAUCUGAGAUCACCAGGACCAUCUCCAUCCAUAGCCCUAAGGCUCCCCCGUGCCUGGCUGUGCGCUGCGUCACCUCCUACAGGGUAGACAGCGUCUUUGGGAGUGAACCAGAGCCAGACCCGCCUGGAGAGUCCACAUCCAGCACACUCAAGUUCCAGAGCGAGGGCCCUACCCAGGGGGCCUCUUACCUGGAAAGAGAAAGGCUAGAUGAGGAUCCCACAGAGCGUCAGAGUCCCGCCCUGCGGACGCAGCGGUCCUCCCCGGCAGACCCCUGGGACGACGACGAUGGAGCGUCCCCUGGCCCCUGCUUUGGCUCCGAGGAGCGGACGGUGACUUGUGUGACUGUCCUGGCACCAGAUGCUACGCCCAGCCCCCCUGUGCGGCAGGUGACCACCCACAGGGUUGUGGAGCUGCGGGCCCCGUCGCGCUCCCCGUCCACUUGCAGUUCCCGAGGUGGGAAGAAGGCCAAGAGAAAGAGGUCGGCCAGGGAGCACCGGAGGAUGCGCUCCAGUACCCGUUCUGGCUCCAGGGACAGGACUUCGCACUCAGCAUCACCUGUGGCUGAGGAGCAUGCCAGGAGGCACCGGGCCACGGCCAAGGGCCGAAGAUCUUCCAGUGACCGUGCCAGCAGCCAGGAGAAAGCAAAGAGGAAGAAGGCCAAGGACAGGGAUAAAGAGUGGAGGCGGGGUUCUCGGGGCCGGAGCCGGAGGCAGUCCCAGUCCCGCUCUGUGAGCCCCGGCAGCUCCUCCGAGCGCAGGAGGAAGAGGAGGCGUCGCUCGGGGUCCAGGCCUCGUGGGAGGGAGUGCUCCCCUCCCAGCAGCCUCGAGAGGACCCGGAGGCACAAGCACCAGCGAGAGCGCAGCCGAGAGCGAGCCGAUAGGAAGGAGAGCUCAUCCCGGUCUCAAGAGAGGAGGCGGUGGAGAUCGCCGUCACCGGGCUCGGAGCACAGGGCUCGGCAGCCUCGUCCCCACGAGAAGCUGCCUCGUUCCCCGGAGAGGAAGGACACUGGGAGGGAGGCUUCCCCCGCCCCCGCUCCGCAGCAGGAUGGAGACCACCCGGAAACACUGCCGGCCGCAGCAGGAGUGGGCACCUUGCCAGAAGUGGUGCUGGCUGACCCAGACCCCUCUGCGGCGCCCCCUGCCCUGGAGGUGCCGGCCGAGUGCCCACUCGAGGAUCUGGAUUAUGGCGACUCUGUGGAGGCAGGCCACGUCUUCGAGGACUUUUCAAACGAAGCCAUCUUUAUCCAGCUUGAUGAUAUGAGCUCACCUCCUUCCCCUGAAAGCACCGACUCCUCCCCAGAGCGAGACCUUCCGCCAAAUCCUGCCCUGCCCCUGGCCAGCCAGCUGCAUGAUACCACCCUGGCAGCCAUCCAGAGGGAGGUGUCCCUCAUCCAUGAUGGCCUCUCACAGCCCACACCACCACCAGAGGGCCCCCCAGAACAGUGUCCACUCGGGCAGGGUGUGGCAGAGACGCUUGCCCCCACUCCCAGUGCCCUGGCUGUGGCCCCUGAGGUGAAGGAGGGUACCCCCUCACAGAACGAGGGGGCCUGUGAGGGGGUCAGGCCCGAGGACGCUGUGACACAGGCCCCGCUUUUGCGGUCCAGAGCUCUGGUGAAGAGAGUCACCUGGAACCUACAAGAGGCUGAAGGCGGCGUCCCAGCCCCGGACAGAGCCCCACGGACAUUACUUCACAGACCUCAGGAAGGGACCUGGGAUGCGGAGGACGGGGCCCCCACGGGGGUUCAGCAGGUGCUGUUCUCCCAGCUGACCCCUCCCAGCCACAUGCUCCUGGAGACUGGGUUCCCUGACACAGACUCCUCUCAGGUUUACAGCCCAAACAUGCCUCCUGCUCCAGCUCAGCCCGCAAGCAUCCUGCCCUACCCACUGGUCAGCCCGCCCCCGGUCCAGUUUAUCCUGCAGGGGAGUCUUCCUUUGACAGGCUGUGGCCCAGUACAGGGCCUGGCCCCUGUACCCACCAUGUUAGCCACAGCCUCAGAGCUGGCUGGUCAAGCCACAACGGCCAAUAACUCAGAGGAGAGGACUGCCCCUCCCAGGCCAUCUGCAGAGAAGACCAAGAAGGAAGAGUACAUGAAGAAGCUCCACAUGCAGGAGCGGGCAGUGGAGGAGGUGAAGCUGGCCAUCAAGCCCUUCUACCAGAGGAGGGAGGUGACCAAGGAGGAGUACAAGGACAUCCUGCGCAAAGCCGUCCAGAAGAUUUGCCACAGCAAGAGUGGGGAGAUCAACCCCGUGAAGGUGGCCAACUUGGUGAAGGCAUACGUGGACAAGUACAAGCACAUGCGUAGGCACAAGAAGGCGGAGGCUGGGGAGGAAGUGCCUGCCCAGGCCGAAGCCUGAGGCCAGGAGCGCUGGGCAGGCCCCUGGGGACACUGCAAA